AGUCCCGGAGCUCCUGCAUGUCCCGCUGGGUCCCACUGCGGUCACGGAGCCCCGGCCCCAUCAUGCUUCUGCUCCUGGGGCUGUGCUUGGGGCUGCCUCUCUGCACCGGGUGGCAGGAAGAGGCAUGGAGCUGGGGUGGCGCUUCAGAGCAAGCUGGAGUCAGGGUCCCAAGGCAGCUGAGGCUGUUGCAGAGACUGAAAACAAAGCCCUUGAUGACAGAAUUCUUCAUAAAGUCCACCAUCAUUUCUCGAUAUGCCUUUACCACUGUUUCCUGCAAAAUGCUGAACAGAGCUUCCGAGGACCAGGAUGUGGAGUUCCAGAUGCAGAUUCCAGCUGCAGCUUUUAUAACUAACUUCACCAUGCUUAUUGGAGACAAGGUGUAUCAGGGUGAGAUUACAGAAAGAGGAAAGAAGAAUGGAGAUAGGGUAAAGGAGAGAAGGAACAGAACCACAGAAGACAAUGGUGAUGAGGGCGCCGACACAUUCAGAGCCUCUCUAGUGAUUCCCAGCAAGGACAAGGCCGCCUUCGUGCUGAGUUACGAGGAGCUUCUGCAGAGGCGCCUCGGCAAGUACGAGCACACGGUCAGCGUGCGGCCGCAGCAGUUGGUGGGGAGGCUGGCAGUGGAGGUGACCGUCCUGGAGCGCUCAGGCAUCGCCGCCCUGGAGGUGCUGCCGCUGCACAACAGCAGGCAGAGGGGUGGCGCGCGCGCAGAAGAUGAUUCCGGGCCUCCUCCUUCUACUGUUGUCAACCAAAAUGAAACUUUUGCCAAAGUGAUUUUUAAGCCUAGUGUGGUACAGCAAGCCAAGAUUGCCCAGAAUGGAAUUCUGGGAGAUUUCAUCAUCCGAUAUGAUGUCAACAGGGAGCAGAGAGUUGGGGACAUCCAGGUCCUAAAUGGUUACUUUGUGCACUACUUUGCUCCCAAGGACCUUCCUCCUUUGCCCAAGAAUGUGGUCUUUGUGCUGGACACCAGUGCCUCCAUGGUAGGCACCAAGCUCCAACAGACGAGAGACGCUCUUACCACGAUUCUCCAUGACCUCCGACCCCAGGAUCACUUCAGUGUCAUUGGGUUUUCCAAUCGGAUCAAAGUGUGGAAGGACCACCUGGUACCAGUCACUCCUAGCAAUGUCAUCGAUGGCAAAUUCUACAUUCACCUCAUGUCGCCCAGCGGAGGCACAGACAUCAAUGGGGCGCUCCAGGCAGCCAUCAAGCUCCUCAACAACUACGUGUCCCACAAUGACAUUGAAGACCGGAGUGUGUCCCUUGUCAUCUUUCUGACAGAUGGGAAGCCCACAGUAGGGGAGACCCAAGCCUCCAAGAUUCUCAACAAUACCAAGGAGGCUGCCCAGGGUCAGAUCUGCAUCUUCAGUGUUGGCAUUGGCAAUGAUGUGGACUUCAAGCUGCUGGAGAAACUGUCAUUGGACAACUGUGGCACCACACGGCGCGUGCUUGAGGAGGAGAAUGCGGGUGCACAGCUCAUUGGGUUCUAUGAUGAGAUCAGGACCCCUCUACUUUCUGACAUCCGCAUCGAUUAUCCCUCUGGCUUAGUGGAACACGUCACCAAAACUGUGUUCCCCAACUACUUCAAUGGCUCUGAGAUUGUUAUUGCUGGGAAGCUGGUAGACAGGAAGAUGGAUCAGCUGCAUGUGAAGGUCACUGCCAGCAACAGUAAGAAAUUUGUCAUCCUAAAGACAGAUGUGCCUGUGGAGCCUCAGAAGGUGAGGAAUGGUGUCCCGGGAAGCCCCAGUUCCAGAGGUGAUGGCGAGGAGGACCCCAACCACAUCGAGCAUGUCUGGAGCUACCUCACUGUGAAGGAGCUGCUGAGUUCCUGGCUACAGAGUGACAAUGAGCAGGAGAAGGAGAGGUUGAGGCAGAAGGCGCAGGACCUGGCCAUGAGCUACCACUUCCUCACCCCCUUCACCUCCAUGAAGCUGAGGGGGCCAGUGCUUCAGGAGGACACACUGGAGGUCACCCGGGGCAUGUCUGCUGCAACAGGCCCUGAAACGGUGAUGCAGAGCCUUCGGGGAUCCACCACACAACCAGGACCUAUGCUCAAGAAACUCCACAACCCAAGAAUCAAACUCUCUAAGACAUCAGUGGAUGGUGAUCCCCAUUUUGUUGUGGAUUUCCCUCUGAGCAAACUCACCGUCUGCUUUAACAUCGAUGGACAGCCGGGGGACAUCCUACGGCUGGUCUCUGAUCACAUGGGCUCCGGUGUGACAGUGAAUGGCGAGUUAAUCGGGGCCCCUGCUCCCCCAAAUGGUCACAAGAAGCAGCGCACUUACUUCGGCACCAUCACCAUCCUCAUCAAUCAGCCUGAGAGAUCCUACCUGGAGAUCACACCCAGCAGAAUCAUCUUAGACGGGGGCGACAGGCUGGUCCUCCCUUGCAACCAGAGCACAAUAGUGGGGAGCCGCGGGCUGGAGGUGGCUGUGUCUGCCAACGCCAACGUCACUGUCACCAUCCAGGGGACCAUAGCCUUUGUUGUCCUCAUUCACCUCUACAAAAAGCCAGCACCAUUCCAGCGAAACCACUUGGGCUUCUACAUCUCCAACAGCAAAGGCCUUUCCAGCAAGUGCCACGGACUGCUAGGUCAGUUCCUGGACCAGGAGACCAAACUCACUGAGGAGCCUGCUGGACACAGCACAAACCUUACCAAUCCUCCCCUCCCCUGGGCAGAAGGGACACCUGAGACCUUCCUUCAGGUGAAAGGGCACCGAGUCCCAGUGGUCUGGAAACAAAGGAAGAUUUACAAUGGUGAGGAGCAGAUAGACUGCUGGUUUGCCAGGAACAAUGCUGCCAAGCUGAUUGAUGGGGUGUACAAGGAUUACCUGGCAUCUCAUCCAUUUGACACAGCAACAACUUUGGGGCUGGGAGGGUUCAAUGGAUCUGAACCCAGCAGCCUUAAUUGAAGACAGUGCAUGAAAGGGGAGUGACUGUGGGGGACUCCAAGGCACAGCUAUCCUUGUUACCCCAUGCUCUUGCAGUGAGCUGCACUCUGCAGCUUAGGGCUGAUGUCUGCUGGAGUGGGGGUAAGGCAGAAAGCCGAGUGAAGACAUUGUUUUCUUCCUCCUCCUCCUCCUUCCUCUUCCUUCCCUUGCAGUCCCCAGCCCUUGGUAGACAAAACAGGUAGCAUCAAGUGAAGAAAGGCCACAGUUCAAAGCAUGAAAGCAUUUAUCUUGUACCAUCUGGCUUGUCCCUUGUACCUUCCAAAAGCUAACUCCUUCCAGGGUAACAAGGUUGUCAUGAAAUUUAUUUUCCUUGUAGAAAUGACCAAAUUCUACUCUCUGCAUUAUAUUCAUAUCUAGGAAUUUCUCCUUUGUUCUGCUGUGUUCUCCAGAUGUUCCACCCCUGAACUUUUUCUCAGAGACACUUUCCACUAAGCCCCAGGCUUAGUGAUCAUCCAAACAGUAUACAAAUUAGAUGACUGUAAAUAAUUAAGGGUUUUUUUUUUUAAUGUGUUUGGUACAGGGUCUCAUUAUG